CAACUUCUGUUAUUGGAGAGAAGAAGUAUGUACAGUUGAGAAGGAGUGACAAAAACAGAGGAAGGUUAGUUUGGUAUAAAAUAAGUUUUUCCUGCUUCAGUAUUUGUUGUACGAGUUCUCAGAAAAGUAGCUAAUGUUUAGCCAUUGCUGGCUUUACUUGCCUUACUCCGUGACGAAAGUGUUUAAUAUGAGUGGAGCUGAGCACUGACACUAAAGAGUAUGGAAGUGAUCAGGCGCAGCGUUGUGGCUAAACCUGUGCUGGUGGUGUGCAGGUCUGCUUGGAGGAGAUCUUUGCAAAGCAGCCCCACAAAUGUAGCCAUGUUCACCACAAUUCAGAGAAAGCGCCUUGUUAAAUUGAACACAGUGUUGGCAUGUUCAGCUCAGAGUCCAGAGACUACAUAUGGAAGAAUUAAGUCACUGCAGUCAUUUUCAUCAAGCAGAACUUUCUCAGUGAGUCUUUGCAAAUUCAAGAGCAAAAAUAGCAGCACUGGUCAUGAAAGCGCAGUUGACGAUGGAGAGAGUGAAGAGGAUUUCAUUGGAGACGCAGAAGUUGAGGAACUCUUUCAGCAGCAGAUUCCCACAGGUAUAGGUGAGGAGGACCACAGGGUCUUCAUUGUUCAUCCUGAUGUCAAAUGGGGACAAAAGAAGCAAUACCUGACCACAGCUGAUCUCCAAAUGGAAGAAGCUGUUGGACUGGUGAAGACAUUACAGAACUGGACCGUCGUUGACAAGAUCAUCAUCUCUACUAAAAUGCCAGAAAAGAAGAGGAUUUUCGGCAAAGGAAAUUUCCAGGCUCUCACAGAGAAGAUCAGAAGGGCACCUGGUGUUACGGCUGUUUUCAUGAACAUUGAGCGUUUGUCACCAUUGUCAGAAAGGGAUCUGCAGGAGGUCUGGGGUGUGAAGGUUUUUGACAGAUACUCGCUAGUUCUGCACAUUUUCCGCCGUAAUGCCAGAACGAAAGAGGCUAAACUGCAGAUCUCCCUGGCUGAGAUUCCUCUGCUCAAGUCACGACUGAAGAAUGAAGUUGCAAACUUGGACCAACAAGGUGGAGGUUCAAGGUACAUCAUGGGUUCAGGUGAAACUCUGUAUGAGGUUCAGCAGAGGCUGCUAAAGGAGCGUGAGCUGAAGAUUCGCUCUGCUCUUCAACAACUGAGGAAGAAGAGACACCUGCUCCGCUCCCAGCGCAAGAAUAAAGACUUUCCCAUUAUCUCGGUCAUGGGCUACACUAACUGCGGUAAGACUACGCUAAUCAAAGCUUUGACCGGUGAUGCUGGAUUGCAACCGAAAGAUCAGCUCUUUGCCACUCUGGAUGUUACUGUACACGCAGGGCGGCUGCCAAGUCAUAUGACUGUACUUUACGUGGACACAAUUGGCUUCCUAUCCCAGCUGCCUCACCAGCUCAUAGACUCCUUUUCCGCAACAUUGGAGGACGUGGCACACUCUGAUCUCAUUAUUCACGUGAGGGACAUUAGUCACCCAGAGACUGUGAAUCAAAAAGUAAAUGUACUAAACAUCUUAAAGAACCUUCAGAUCCCAGAGAAACUCAUCAGCUCCAUCAUAGAGGUCCACAAUAAAAUUGACCUUGCUGAAGGCUAUGAGUCAAACGAGCCUGAAGCUGUGCCUAUAUCAGCAUUAAAAGAGAUGGGAUUGGAGGAGCUAAAGCAGAGAGUGGAAGAAGCUGUUGUGAAGUCAACUGGGAAACAAAUCAUGACUCUGAAGGUUCAGCUCAACAGCCCACAGUUAGGUUGGUUGUAUAAGGAAGCCACUGUUGAGGAGGUGCAUGAUGGGGGAGACGACUGUACCGCCAAUGUCAAGGUAAUCAUCAGUACUGCUGCAUAUGGCCGCUACAGGAAGCUGUUCCAGGUCACUUAGCAACAGCCGGCCUGUCUCGGAGCCAGAAUAAUUGUGUCUAUUUCUGAAGUCAAUUACUCACUAUGGACAUAGCUGGGUAAAUAUUUAUUUACUGAUGCAGUUCAAAUAUAUUGUACCCGUUAGUGUAAAAAUGAUUGUGCAAAAAAAAGUCAACAAUAUGUGUAAAAAUGUAAACAAUAAAGUAAAGUCAGACUGCCUCUCACCCUC